CCAGUCUUUCUAAAAGUAGUUUAAAACAUAUCUGUGAUUAAAUAUAAUAUUUAAUGCGCUAUCCAGAUACAUUUGGAUAAUUUCCCAAUUUUCUAUCUCAGAGUCCCUGGUACAUAAACGCCUCCUGGGGUUAAUUAGGAGCCACUAUCGCUCAGCACUUGGCAGGUGGAAAUGUUUUAUGUUGAGGGCCCAUAAACUCCUUUGUGUGCAAAAUAUGUUAAAUAGAAUAAUGUUUUUCCCAAUAUAAUCAAAGAGAAUCUGGAAUGUAAUACCUUAACAGUCAAUGUGAUUAGAUUCCAGUGUUCUAUCAACGACAACACUUUGGAGAUUUAUUUUGUCGUAAAUAUUGGUCUGGACUGUCAGGCAUGUUUGUUUUGCACAAUCUAAUGAAUUGAAAGAAGGCUGUCAUUGUAAAUAGAAAUGUGUUAACUGACUUGCCUAGUUAAAGUUAAACAAGUUCAUAAUCCUUUCAGUUGCCGGCUACACAGCCAUUGAGCUACAAAAUAUAAUGUGAAAAAGUAUUUAAUGGUGCAUGGUAAAUAUGUCAAUAUGAGCAGUAUAGUUUAAAUAUUUCAAUUAUUUGGGACCUCUGCUGUAAGGGGGUGACGCAAUCAGCUAGAAGUAAAUUGCCGCGUUCAUGUAUUAGUUGGAAUUAUGGAAUUCCGACUUGCUAGCUGGUUGUAGUUAUACACGUGCUGCAUUCAAAAACUAAACAAGUCGGACAUUUCAGAUUUCCGAUUAGCAAGUGAACGCGGCAUUUAUUCUCAGCGUUGUACGUAGCAGAGCUACGUAGUAGCUGCAGAGACGGAAGAGGAAACGAGACACCCCACUCGCUGUUUCAAUGAAAGUCAACUAGACCAGACCAAGUUGCUAUUACAUCCGUGUCUAUGGGAGACACACCCAGUUAAGUAGACCGGAACUGACAUUUUUCCCCCAAUGGUAAAUUGCCUGAGUGAACUGUCUUCAUUUAUCCACCAUCUUUGGUAGCUGCUCCACGUCUCACUGCCGGUGAAUCCGAACUGGAAGAUGGCUGCGGUGGAACGUCCCCCAGUCAAGGAAGGGGUCCGGAUAGCUUUACUCUGUUUCUGUUGGUACACUGUUAGUUCGGGAGGUAACGUCGUUAACAAAAUUAUUCUAAAUGGAUUCCCUUAUCCUGUCACCGUUUCGCUCUUUCAUAUACUCUCAAUCGUCGUCUUCCUUCCUACGUUGUUGAAGGCAUGGGGAGUCCCAAAAACAGAAGUACCAACUAUAUACUACAAAUGGUAUAUUCUCCCUUUAGCUUUUGGGAAAUACUUCGCUUCUGUGUCGGCCCACUUCAGUAUAUGGAAGGUACCUGUUUCCUACGCACACACUGUCAAAGCCACAAUGCCUAUAUGGGUUGUGUUGUUAUCAAGGAUUAUCAUGAAGGAGAAGCAAACCACAAAAGUGUACGUAUCUCUCAUCCCCAUCAUCGGAGGAGUGCUUCUGGCCACAAUGACAGAGCUGUCCUUUGAUGUAUCUGGGUUAGUCAGUGCCCUGGCCGCCACACUCUGCUUCUCUCUGCAAAACAUCUUUUCCAAAAAGGUGCUGCGGGACACGAGGAUCCACCACCUGAGACUUCUCAACAUACUAGGCUUCAAUGCUGUUUUCUUCAUGGUGCCUACGUGGGUUCUGGUGGACCUCUCCUCAUUCUUGGUUGAGGGGGAUUUUACAGGCAUGUCUGAAUGGACCGGCACCUUCCUUUUACUCCUCGUCAGCGGCUUCUGUAACUUUGCUCAGAACGUCAUCGCCUUCAGCGUCCUCAACUUGGUCAGCCCGCUGAGCUACGCUGUGGCAAACGCCACCAAGAGGAUCAUGGUCAUCAGCAUAUCGCUCCUGAUGCUGCGUAACCCGGUCAGCUCCACCAACAUCAUGGGCAUGAUGACGGCCAUUGUGGGCGUCUUCCUGUACAACAAGGCGAAAUAUGACGCCAAUAAGGAAGCUAAGAAGAAGCUGCUGCCUUCCUCCAAGCAGGACACAAUGUCCUUCGACAAUUUGGGACUGGACAAGACGCAGCCCAAUGGUUCAGUGCCUUUCUCCCAAGGCUCAGACAUUCAGUAUGGUCGCAGCAACGUGCUGACCGACCACUUCCAGUACAGCCGGCAGGCCUACACGAUGAACUACGGCGCCUCCAACCACCAGUAUGUGGUUUAGGCUGGUGGAUGCCUACAUGGACAUGCUGUAUAAAGAACGGAAGGCAAGUACUGUUGUAUUGGCGGGAGAGGAAAGUAUCAAUCGUGAGUUGGCCAGCGUUUUGUCCCAAAAAUGUUCUCCUAACAUAUUUUCUUCACCUCCUUUAUUUGUUUUGAUAUGAACACUUAAAGAUAGUUCAGUCCAAAUCAAAGUUUUUUUUUAGAUGUUUUCAAACCUUAAAAGUAAUCUCACAUCGAGAUAAGCCCACAUCAACUCUUGUAGCUCAAGCUGUAUGUCUCAAUCAUGAGUGAAUGAGAAAGAUUGGCACCAUCUAAUUUCAUAAUGUUUUGUGGUGUCAAUAUUUCCAGUUAAUUUGGGAUUGAGGGAUACCAUUGGAUCUACACAACAGAUGGCUUGGAACAUGGACUCAUCUGACAAAUGUUGAUUUUGGAGUGAAGUUAAAGAUGCAGUACAGGAUCUGAAGCACCUAUUAUACGAAUUGAAAACACUUUUUUUUGCAGGAUGUAACAUAUCAUACGAAAUGGGUGACGUAGUGCACAAUUUACGAGGACGCAUUUUUGGCUCGUGAUCACUACUUUCAAAACGCCUGUCUGAAAUUUGCUUGCUGAGGAACGAAUGUUGCUGUAUUCUUUUUACUGUGGAAGCUUGCUAAUGUGGUAAUAAUUGUUACCGUAGCCACAAUGGCAUAGGUCCAAAUAAAUUGAACAGAACAUUUACUCUAUAUCAAAGAACACGAAAUGUUUUGAAUAAAUUACCAUGACUGUAAUGCUUUGAAUCAGGCUUGCACUCAGUUAUAUUGACCCCAAUUUUAUCAGAGAAGACCAGAUCAUUUUACACUGUUUUGUGUUUUUGCAGAGAUUGGCAACAUUUUGGUCCUAUACAUGUAAAAACAUUUGCCCAGAAGACAUUUUCUUGUUGGUCUUUAACUAGUGAUUGAGGCAUGGCAUGAAAAUGUGUGUAAACGAUCGUAGUUACAGAUAAAUUGAGAAACUUUCAUUCUGUGGUUCCAAAUUUACAUUUGAGUUAUUUAAUCAAUUUGUAUCUGAUCUGGUAAAAGCUUUGUAAUAUGGGUUUACAUGGGUCAAGUAACUGAGAUGCACCUAGUUUUAUGUGGCAGACCUACUUGGAUCAGGUAUAAAAGUCAGACUCCACAUGCUUUUGCCGGUUUGUCAUUCUUCUUCCCAAUAUUCACACUUAAAAUUGUCUGAGAUUGAGGAAUAGUAAUUUAGCCUACAGGGAACGAGCUGUUUUUCAAAGCCGAUGUGGAGCACCUGAACUAGUUAACUGGUUAAGGUUUGCACAUUGUAAAAAAAAGAAAAAAAAGAAAGAUCUGACAGAGACUGUGACUAACUCUUGUGUGGAAGCUCUAUUCUAGUGUACAGCUGGAGAACGGAUGGUAAUAAUGUUGUUAACCCCAUUAACUUAAACGUUAUACUUGUUGAAUAUAAAAUUAAUAUUCUUCUAGUCUACAUUUUUCAUUUGAGUUUGCUUGUUUCAAUUUGUUGCAGAACAUUCCAGCAUUGUAAGUGGACAAUUUCUUUGCUGUAUCUUAACUGCAGGGAUGUUCGCUCUGACUGUAUUAUUGCAUGUCUAGUGGCUCUAUUGUAUAUUGGGCAGCAACAAACUACUAUUUUGGGCAGCAACACAUUUUUGCUGUUUACCAUCAAUACAAAUAAUAGCAUUUAUUUGGAUAUCUUCUCCUAUGGUAUGUACUGAAUAGCACAUAGUUCUGGUUGGCUGCACAGAGAUGAUCCAGGUGGAUUUACACAUUUGUAGAACUGUCUAUGUAUGAGCUUGUGUGGAAUUCUCAGGUAGUUCCAAGCUUAUUUCAUAUUCCAUUUAGUGAAGCUCCCGUAUCAUUUGGUUCAGUAGGUUUGGUCUGGUUACGUAAUGAAAUUCAUACUGGCGUGGUGAUUAGGCUAUUGAGAUUUUAGAACAUGUGACUCACUUAUGCCUGUUAUCUGCAUGUCCUCAUGAAUUUUUUUGAAGUUUUGAAUUUACCUGUCUAUUGGAUAGUGUUACAAAGUAAACAAUCAUUUGUAGAAAUCCAAUGACCGUGGAUAACUUCAAUAUUAGGGUUUGAUUUCACCUUGGCUUAUAAAGUAUGGAAGAUCAAAUGUUGGAGCCAUGAUUGGAUUUUACUAAAUCUCAUUUGUCACCGUUAACAUGUAAAAUUUGAGCCCGUUGUAUUAUUUUGCGACCUAUUUUUAUUUUUUUAUUACUGUGCUGACAUUCUGUUAAACUGUCUCAAGCUUUCCUCUUAAAUCUAUGGUUGAGUUUGUCACGUCCUGAUGCGAGAUGCCAAAUGAAAGAAGCUACGUGGCUCAAGUCAAUAUUUCUAGGUCGCUUACACACUUAUCGCAGGUGCAGGGAAAUGCUUAUGUUUCUGCCUCCAACAAUGCAGCAAUAUCUAGCAAUACAAUAAGAAAACACACAUACACCCCCGAAGGAUUUUGACUCUUCUUAAAAGGCUUGUGUGAUGCAGUAGCACGGAAUGAUGGAAUCUGAUGUAUGUUUAAUGUAAAGACUAAUAUUUGACUGUACAGUAGGCUAAAUAACAUUUUGAACAUGUGAUUUAGAGAAACUAUUUUCAUUAAAUCUGAGAUGGCAUUUGAGGUUAUGACAUUAUUUACUGGAAUGUACAUUUGACUGUGUGGGGGUUUGCUUUGUAAAAGUUGUAUAAAUGACAUUUUUCCUGUUUUAAAGGAUCUUGAAAAACAGAUUUGUUUUUACUGAACCAAUGUUUAUAGAUUUUUAUUUAUGGUGUCUAGGUACAGAAAAGUGUACAUGAGUGCAACCAUGCACAGUCUUGUCUGCUUACGUUUUUAGAUGUAAAAAUGAAUAAAUGCAUUGUGAAAUGAA